CCCUAUUGAAAUGGAGAACGAAACAGAAAUGAGCAAUUUCGACGUGAGUACGCUAAGGAACAGCCUCCCUCAGAAGAGAGGAUUGUCACGGCAUUACUCGGGGAAAUCAAGAUCGUUUAUGUGCAUGGCAGAUGUGCGUUGCCUUGAAGAUCUCAAGAAACAAGAACACCCAGAUGCAAAGAAGAGGAAGAAAUAUACAGACAGGAAAGACAUUCAUCAUCCUUAUAAUUGUCGAAGAGUAUCCAGUAGCAAUCAAUUUUCCACACCUUACAUUGGUGUGUAAAUAGCAGAAGUUGAGGCACGCCAUUACUCAUUUCCAAUUUCCUGUUAUCAGAUGGUGUGCUUACAUUCCCAGGCUUGUGUGAAAGAUGGCGAUCCAGUUCUUUGCGCAGAAAUGUUUGAAACAGACUCGAACAAGAUUCCUGUCUCGGUCAUCCCCGUUUCUCCAAUCCAUUUCUAAUAACCAUAGCUUAGAAUU